CAAAAUCUUGCGCGCGAAUGCGGAUAAAACUUUUGAUGACGUGAAAACAAAAGUUACGGAAGAGUUUGAAGAUAAUUGAAAGCUCGCGAGCCAGAGCAUUGUAACUUUAACCGAUUAAUUAAGGGCUCCUUGGAUGUACUAACUAAGCAUUGCAUCACAUUCACAAUGAAUAUUCGAAUAAAAAAAGAUGAUUUUACAAAGACAUGUCUAAUAAUUCUGAAACAUUCUUUAAUGCCAUGGAUGUCGAAGGCGGAAAACCUGAAGCCAAUCUCAUUCGCAUAAUUGAUGACUCUUGUCCGGAAAGCGGCGCCGCCGACCUUCGUAAACGUUCUUGUUAAUAGACGAGUCAUCGGGGGAGGCGACUGUUCAAGGUCUUGGCGGAGCCACUAAUAGUUGCAAAUGUUUGCGCGUGCGAAUGUCAUCGGGAAGGUGGGCAAGGAUUCAGGAUAAGGAAGAAAGCGAGGAAGCGCGCAGCGACGCCAGGCGGGCAGAGCAGCGGCGAUCCCCACCGACGUCGGCGCCGAGCAUCGGCCACCCCCAAUUGUCAGUCGGGGCGCCGCCGCGGAGACGCUCCGUACGGUGGAGCGCUUAGCAGUUGAUCGUGACACGUUUCCUGGGAGUGGAUCCACACCCAUGCCUCGCGGUGACGCGCUGCGAACGGGUGCUGGGAGCGUGUGAUCACGCGGGAUAUAUCGGUGCACUUGAUAAUUUUCCACCCAUUGCGGGGCUACUUCGAUGUGAGGAAGUGGAGUAAAUCCUUGGAAUUUGCCGAGGAUAUGUACAUGGGAUCCGUGUGAUCAUAACGUCGCGCGGCAUGUGAUGCAAGGAUGCGGCGAAUGUCGUUCAGAUGUCCCUCGAAGUGGCGGAUCACAGGAGGGUGCUCUCGAUUCGACGAGGAGUGAACGAGAAGGGUGGCAUACCACGGUGCUGAAAUGACGCAAUUUCAUCUCUGACGUCUGAUAUAAUCGUCCAAUUCGAAGGGAGACCUGCUCGGUAACACGAUCACGAUGAAUCGGGAAAACGAGGAACAACGACCGGUCCCCCAGACGCUGUGCGGCGCCCUACAAAAAGAGCCCAACUGCAAAUGCCUGGUGCUGACUGUACUUAUAUACGGCUGUCUCGCGGCAGUGACGUGGUGCCGAUGCGCCAAUGUUACCAAAAUCAUGGUCAACUACACCAAGUUUCCUAUCAGAAGCACAAAGCACGUAUCGUCGCCCUGUGACGACGGCUAUAUAUAUAUUCCGGUGGCAUUUAUGGGGAUGCUGUAUCUGGUUUAUCUGGUGGAGUGUUAUCACUCGCCGAUCAGAAUCGAUCUACUACAUGCAGAGAGCCAGGACAGUGUGCUAUCCAAAUUGGCGCAGCUAAAGAUGGCACAACCGAGGAUAUGGUGGAAGGCUGUUUCCUACCACUACGUACGCAGAAAACGGCAAAUCACGCGUUAUAGGAAUGGGGAUAAUUAUACUACGACGCAGGUUUAUUACGAGAGGGUGAACACACACUCGGCCACCUCCCACUACUACUACGACUACUGCGGAGUGAGGGACAUCAGCAAGGAAUUAAUACUCGAGCCGAAGAUACCGAUCACAAAAAUUAUGCUUACCAAGGGCUUCGCGUUUUCCAACAUAAGAUCCGCUACGGAGUUCGAGGAAGCUCGAUCGCGAUUUUUUGCCGAACAAGAACUCAGCGAUGACUAUAUGGAGAUGAGGGAAGGUCUCGAUCUCGGGUACAACGUCAACACGAUGCUGGUCGCCGUUCUUGGUAAUCCCUGGUUCACGAAUCGCUACAUUUACUGGUGUCUAAGCGCCUUGUUGCUUAGCUGGCCACUCAGAGUUAUCAUUGAAUAUAAAACGCAAUAUGUCGAUUAUCAGGUCACCAAGCUCUUCGGCGUGAAUUACGAUACACCUACUUCCGGCGAACCUAUCCACGCGUCCAUGAGUCAAUUGAGCCAGCCAGGUUCCUACAUGUUGGCGCCUAGUUACAGCGAGGCAUUGUUGAUGGAACCCGCAACGCCUCGUAACGACGAACCGGAACAGAAUCAGGAGAAUCGGCAAGCACAACGACGGGAGACGGAUGUCGCGACCGACAUGGUACCUAGCUAUUCCGAGGCGCUUCUCUACGAGCGUGCCGAACAGCACGAUCAUCGGAACGCGAUCGUGACGAAUACCGUCGCCGGAAGCGUCCCCAACGAUGCAACGCGUCCUUCCUGUAAUGCAAACGAUCCGAGUAGACAGAUAUUAUCGCCGAUGCCGUGCGAGUGUCACUGCCCAUGUCCUUGUCACGAAAACGCGAACGAUUAUGAGUUAAGGAACGAGCGUAGUUACGUCAAAAUUGCGGCCAACAGUGAGCAUUUGCUUCCUGGUGCCCCGCCGAAGAAUGUCAAUGUUGCUAACGAUACCUUCGAGAAUGAAAUAGCGACGCUACGAACGACAGCUGACGGCCGGCUACAUCCUCCCGGUAACGUGGUGCCCCGUUCAAUGGACAACCUUCAAGCUGAAGCAUCUCCGAGUAGGUGCGGCAGCUGCGGCAGAAUCUCAACUAGUACGCAAACGAUCAACACGGAUGUUCUUCCUCGCGUCAUUGCAAAAAACAAAUCCAUCGGAAGCUCGCAGACGUUCACCUCGUCGGCGGACUUUAUUUCUGGCGUAACGUACGAGAGGGAACACGUAGGGAUUAUACCUCGCGACAUUUCCGAACCAAACUUGCGAUCGCGAACGGAACUGACGGACGCGUUUCCGAACGGGAAUGUCAGAAGUCUAGAGAAUAUCUUGGAGAAUGAGGAGGAAUCAGCGGGAGGCAGCAGAGCCGGUUUCGUCAAUUUGACGGAGAGAAAUUUUCCGAAUGAAAGAUUGCAUGCUCCCGAACGUCACAGGAGAUUCCCGCCCUCUCUGGCCCAUCACCGAUCUCUUUCCCUUGACGAAGCGAGCGUCUCCCCGAGGAACGUGAAUAACGGUGCCAUCCCGAAAAUCGAACCGCGUAGCAGAAUCAUGGUGAAUCCUAUGUCGAACGAGGCCUGCUGGAAACUGCCAGACUCGAGGACGUACUUCUGUCUUAAAUCGAUCCUAAAACAGAACAGGCGAAGUUACACACUGGUGACCGCAGAUGAAUUUCAGGCUCUUGCUGAUCAAGAAGUUAUCAACCGAGGUGUCGAGUGCGUCGACAGUUCUUUCGGCAGAAAUGAGAAGGAUGAUCGUUCACGCUCGAGGGAAAGAUUGAAUCCCAGGAGAAGGAUGCCGUCAUUCGAAGAAUUUAUGCCAAGAGACAAAAUGUAUCCUGUCUACGAUCAAAAACGGGAAAAUACCAGAACGCUCAUUUUCGCCAGUCCGAUACAAGAAGUCUUUCCCGGCGAUCCGUUCGGCGGCAAGAAUAUCGUACCUGUCGGAAAUUCCAUGGAAUAUGCCACUAGAGAAGAUUCCACUCGUCCAAGUCGAUCACCGGCCGUCCGGGAUAUGCGAUGCGCUUCGGACGGUUACAUAGGGGAACGAACAGGACGCGUUCCGGCCGAACCAUUCCGAGCCGAUGGCGUCGCGUAUCCAUCGCACAUCGGUCAUCAGUCGUAUCGUCAUGAAAGGGAUCUUCGGUUUCUCUUGCACGGCAGAAGCCCGUCGACCACCAUGAACGCGAAUAUGGACGUCCGCGCCAGAGUCGAUGAGAUGCCGCCAUUGCCGCCGUCGCGAGGGUAUCAAAACGACGUUACCCUUCCUCCUUACGGCGGGUUCCUCUCCGAACGUGCAAAGAGAUGGUCGACAAGCUCGAAUGAAUAUGACGACACUAGACCUCAUGAGGGACGUUCUGCCGAUUUUUAUACGCCGGAUAGAAGAUACCAGUUGAACUCGCAUCGGCUAAACAGACCUGGUUUAACCAGAUCGUUUAGGGAACGGCGUCCGAAGCUCGUUCAUACCGACAGAAAUUUCCGGCGAAGCUUCACAGGCAGAGUGGAGGAUUACAGAAUUGAGAACGAACUUAGGCAAGCGAAUUUCAGCAUGGAGACAUCGUUGUAACGCGAGCAUACUUAUUCUCGGGCUGUCGAAUGCACCGAUCUCGGUUAGAUACGGUCACGAUUAAUUAUUUUGCUACAUCAAAAGUGCCGCAUCAAUUUCGCAACAGUUCUUGAAGGAAAAUGAUUUUUUUAUUUCUUAACAAAAUUGAAAAAAAAACUAAAUAUUUUUUAUCAGUUGUAUAUAAUAUUAUGUACUUUGAUGAUUAUGAAUAUCGAAUGAAAAUACCGUUAAAAUAAGAUCUAAGACCAAAUUAACGAAGAAAGAAUGUUGAAUGAUUUUCUUAUCUCAUCGGAGAUUCCUCAAAUUUAUAAUUAUAUUAUCAAUCAGUUUCUUUAAAUCGGAGAUCGUGCGUUAACCGAAAUGAUUGGUGCAUUAUUUGCCUUUAAAUAAGAAGAUUGCAAGUUUUCCUCGUUUGUCUACAAUAUUAUAAAUGGGACUAUAAUCUAGUUAAAAAACAGCGAGUCGCCGAUUGUGAAGAUAUUAACUAAUCUAGACUCUAAUCGGCACAACUCAGCCUUAAAAUUGUUACUCCUUCGUUCCACGCUAUAUUUGUAUUAUAAGUAUCCGUCCUACUACUUUCGAGUUAAAACCAAAACCAAAUACGCAAAUGGGUCGUGCGGUUUUUUCAAGAGACAUUUGAAUGCGGGCUAUUGCCCUUUGCGCCUUCGCUUAAAGAGGCACUCUCGCAAGAGGACCAUAACGUUAUGCGCGACGUUUAGAUGAAAUUCGCGAAUCUCGGGUAGAGCUCGAAGGAGAUGCUCGCAUGUUUAGUAUAUGCGCUCUUUGCGUCCAAUUAAUCGCAAAGUUAUCGUACGACUUUGUCAAACAAUCGUAUUCAAGCAAUCGAAUGCGCUCCGCGAGCAUAGAAGAGCUUCAGCGUAGACGAUCAUGCUAAGCGAAGCGAUCGCGCCUUGAAAGCGAAUCCAAGUACAAUUAAUUUUUCGGGACGAUGUGCCUCGCUAUUUUAGCCAAACCAAUUCGAAAGUUAACACGCAAUUUACUAUUAGGUGUAUAUGCUGUUAUACAAAAGUCGAGUCAAUUACGUAUGCAGUCUAUCGGGAGUUGCGGCCAAGAGCAACUAUUCUUUAGAUUGUCAUUUUAGCAACAUUUAUUGGAUCCGCUCCGCUUAAGUUUUGUCAUAUACGUAUCGACGCGAGACCAUUUCAUACAUUCCGAUCGAAUCUGGUCGAUUUAUUUACAUAUUAGUAUAUAUUCCACGUGGCUAAUGGAUAUAAAUCUAGAAAGAUUUGAUAAAAAGCUCCAUAUUGUUAUAGAUUUAAGUCUCCUCAUUUUUCUAUUAAUAUUAAUUAUAAUCAUCUAUCUCCAAACUGUUUAUAUUUACCUGUGUAAAGUUGGCAGAGAAUUUGCGACCUUAAAUGUGUAUAAUAACAGAAAGUAUAGAUCAGAUGCGUAUAACAAAAUGUAAGCAUCCACAUUUCCGGUCUCUUCUCAAGUCUUCAUCGUCGAAUAUUUUAAACCUAAACGAUAAAUCGAACGAAAAUAUUUUACUUGUUACUAGUUGUUAUAAAAUAUGAUCGAAUCCGCGUACACACACGCACAGGAAAAUGGAUGAAAUAGUAGGAAUUUUCGAAGAUUCGUUCCAUCAAUUGAAAGUUAUUCUCUUUCUCAAAAAGUUCUUUUUAAGUAAAAAUUAAAAAAGAAAAAAAUCAGUCUUUUAUUUCCAAAUUCUUCACUUAAUAAAAAAGGAAAUAAAAAUAAUAGGAAAGUGAUGGAGAAAAAUAGUAUAGUAUAGCUAUAGUAUAGCUAUAGUAUUUCUCAUAAACGAAUAGAACAUAUUCCUAUCAAUCCCUCUUGAGUCAUCUAUUUUCUUCGCGGUUGUUCGUUAUACGAAAUAAACGAGUACGAUGUGCCGAUUCAUCGAGCGGUACCGAGUUAUGUAUUUUUUAAGGAGAUAAAGCAAAAUGUAAAUUUGAUGUUGAUAAGCGAUAUAGCUCAAUUACAAUACACUGCACGCGGUAAUUAUUAUUAUUAUAUUAUAUUAUAUUAGGUGUGAGUGCGCAUAUUUAUCCGCACAGCACCUAACGACCACAAUCGCUGAGUUUUUGAUAAAUGUUCACUUUCAAUCAUUGCGCGCGCACAUACACACAUACACAUAUAUGCAUUUACCGACAUAUGCCUUUGUCGUAUUUAUAUACUUUAGAUCCGUAAAUUCUAAGGCUAAAAAAAUAAACAGCAUGGCGCACAGAAAUUAAUGCAAGUCUAGAACUUAAGAUGAACGAAGUUACCGAGGCUGCUUCGUAAAUAUGCAGUUGUCUUGCGCAUACUUUCUUUUAUUUAUUAAUUCCCGGAUCAAUUUGAAAGACACUUGUACAGGCAUUACGUCCACGUUAGGGACUUCAAUGAUACGUCGUCAAUGAUACGUGACUUAAUCAGUUUCAGUCCGAGGUAUUAAAUCGAAGAAAAUACAAUAAUUAAAUGUGGCGAAAAAAAUUCAUUCUCGUCAAAAUCAUCAAAAGACUAUGCAAAUUUUGGUUUAUACUUGUUUUAGAUGCCAAGUAUAUAAAAUUUUCUAUAAAAAUAUAUUUUAAAGUUAUUUCUUUGUAAAAAAUAUGGUUUAUACAUUUCUCGGGACUAAAACGAAAAAAAAAAGCUCAUGACACACCUGAUGGCUAAGGCCAGUCUAAAAAUCUCAGGGCGACGAGGUCAACGAAGAAGCUAGCGUUUAAGUUUGAGCGUGACGACUUUGAAGAAAUCACGAUUUUAUUAAUACAUAUAUAGAUUGAUCGAGACAGACGUGCUUUCAGAUAAGACAAUUUCCGCAGCAAUGGCAGUGACAAAAUAUAAGCUUUGCGUUAUUUAAAAUAAGAAGAAUGUUGUCGUUAGGUACGUAGGUAAAGAUAGAUGGUACAGCUUUGGCGUUCCGAGAUUUGUCAACUGCCAUACCAUGGUGCAACCAUGUAUGUAGUAAUUGCGUGCCAUAUACGAAUCGUUUCUAAGUUUCAAAAAUCACGUGUAAUGCGAUAAAAAAAAAAGUAAAAUUAUUUCGCGAAAACAUUAUGUCGUACAAUUCGGAGAUGAAAGAAAAAACGAAAAAGAGAAUGCCGUAAAAUAGCUUUCUUAACACGAGGAUGUUUGUAUUACAACGAAACCAUAUUUUUUUAGCGAAAGGAGUAAAACGUGCAUAUUUGACACUUAGGGUAAAGCUCAGGCUCGUGGAAGUAUGCAUGUUAAGUAGACUGUUACAAAUAUAUAUGUGAUUGUCAAACCGAAUGUAAAACGAGCCAACUCGUAACUCCGUCGUUUAAUCGGCGCUUAUAUUUAAUCUCUUGCGGACAAUCUACGUGUGUACUUUUAGGGCGCGCAUAUAAUGGAAUCAAUUUCGCUCUGGGUAUCCGCUCUUUUCCCGAACAAAUUAAUGAUACAAAACUUAUGCCGUCUCAAAAAAAAGUGCUCUUCUAAUUAAACGUCGUUAUAGAUCGAAGCUAAACGCGUGAUAAGAUGGGAGUACGAUAAGAGCGGAAUCACACAAGCUGACAUACCCGUUAGUAAAACUUAUUUGUAGAUGGAUGUUACAAAAUACAAUUAUAAUUAUUAUUAUUAUUACACUAUUAUUAAUGUCAUAAGUAAUAUAAAUCGCACGAUUUUGCUGUAAAAAUAAUAUGGCUACAUAGAAUAAUAAACGUUAUAAAAAAGAAGAGAGAAAA